AAUAAAAAUAAACUCCAAUUUCUCUAUGGGUGAAAACAAAAAUUUGAUAAAAAACGAUGGGGAGACGGUGCCACAUCAGCAACCCUUGAGCUUAAGCGAGGAGCUACGACGCGAGAACUUUGGGCUGCAACAUCAUGCCCCCGAAGACUUUCUACGAUCCCAAUGGCAGUCGGGUUUGACCUCUAGAUGGUUUCUUGGCUAUCGCUGGCUUCUGGGCAUCUUUUUUGGCACGGGCGUCAUCAGCUGUUUGGCCAAAUAUCAUCACAAUGGUCGAUGGUUCAUCUAUUUGACCGAUUGGGGUUUCCUAUUGUGUGGCAUUACCAGUGUGAGUGGCGCCAUAUUGGUGACAUUCCACCAUUGGAAUCCACAGCGAAUGGUCAGAAAUAACUGGCAAAUCAAAGCCUAUUGGGUCUGCUAUUGGAUCAAUUUAAUAUUCGCAAAUGUGAUAGCUCUGGUCUAUUGGACCUGCAUAUAUCCACAGGAUCGUGAUCCCAGCAAUCCUGCAUACUUCACUGAUCUCUAUAACAUCUGGACACAUGCCCUGCCACCGAUUUUCUUCACAGUGGACCACCUUAUAGUGGCCCAACCAACGCGUCUCCUGCACUUCGUGUAUCCUUUGGCCUUCGGGUGGUUAUAUACAGGAUUUACUUUCAUCUAUUAUGUGAUGGGUGGAUUGGAUUUAAAGGGCCGUCGCUAUAUCUAUAACGUUUUGAACUACAGUAAGCCCAGGGAAGCCCUGUUUACCAUUGGCGCUAUUAGUGCCUUGUCGGUGGUCGUGUCUACCCUACACUAUGGAGUCUAUCGACUGAGGACCUUUCUGGCCCGCAAGCUGGGGAAACUUCAGUGAUCCUUGUCGUUGUUGUUCCCCCUUUCAUAAUUGCAUUAAAGCGAAGCGUGCCAAAACUUUAAAAACACUCCGCACAGAAUCCCCUAGAGAGAGACAGAGAGAGAGAGAGAAGUACAAAAACAAAAACACAACAAAAAAUAGAUAUGAAAACAAAUUUUGCUUAUUUGUCCUCUGA